CACAAGCGCAGCGGGAUCAGAAGGGAAGAGGCUUUGUGAUGGGCUGUUGCUGCUGCACGUCUGCUUGUCUUCUGCCGGUGUGAGCAGCAGGUGGAGCGGGGGACCGAGCGGCGGAGCGGGGCAGUCAGAACCGCGCAGGCUGGCGGCGCCGCGGACAUGGGGAUUACAAAACUGUGGCACUUCGCGGCACCGGGAGGGAGAGCGGCACAAACUCCGCACGCCCGCUAGAAAACUCAGAUGCCAUUGUGCCCAUCACACGCAGCAUCAUAAUGAAUUAACGAGUAAAUGGAUGGCGGAAGAAGGGCCAGGACUGGAGUCAAGAACGGGCGGAAAACAAAGUGACAAAUACAAGGACAAGAGCAAAACUUUACCAGAGGAUGAUCGAGCUCUGAGGACACAGUAACACGAGCCCAGGGGGUCAAGUGGGUCUGUAGAUAAUACUAACCACAUCAAACCAUGGAAGUGCUCCUGUGCAGAUUGUUCUGUGCCUUUAUAAACAGAUAAGCCAAAAUGAGAACAAGCAAGCCAUAAAAACUGGCUAGAAAAACCGGACUGGCCCCAGAAUGCAAAAACCGCUUCAGUAAGAGAUGCUUUACUACAGCUGGAAGUAGGGAUUUAUUAUGCUGAAAGAUGUAACUGCAGAAAGGAGCCAUGUGACCUCUGAUUUGGGGUGGCCAAAGCAAAGAUACAACUAGCAUGGAAGUGUACACAACCCCCCUGAUUUACAUCUAUGACAACAGCACCGUGGAGGUGAACGCUUCAUCUAACUAUAACAGGACGGGUUCGGCAGGGACUACGGAUACUUACCAGUUCUACAUCAUCAGCCUUUUCCUCUCCUGCCUCUACACCAUCUUCCUGUUCCCGGUCGGCUUUAUCGGAAACAUCCUGAUACUGGUGGUCAACCUGAACCACACAGAAAAAAUGACCAUCCCCGACCUGUACUUUGUCAACCUGGCCGUGGCCGACCUCAUCCUGGUGGCCGACUCACUGAUCGAGGUCUUCAACCUGAACGAGCAGUACUACGACAUCGCAGUCCUCUGCACCUUCAUGUCCCUCUUCUUCCAGGUCAACAUGUACAGCAGCAUCUUCUUCCUGACGUGGAUGAGCUUCGACCGCUACGUGGCCCUGGCCAGCUCGGUGAGCAGUAGCCCGCUGAGGACCAUGCAGCAUGCAAAGCUGAGCUGCGGCCUCAUCUGGACGGCCUCCAUCCUGGCCACCCUGCUGCCUUUCACCAUCGUGCAGACGCAGCACCGGGGCGAAGUCAACUUCUGCUUCGCCAACGUCUUCGAGAUCCAGUGGCUGGAGGUGACCAUCGGCUUCCUGGUGCCCUUCUCGGUCAUCGGCCUGUGCUACUCGCUGAUCGUGCGCAUCCUCAUGCGGGCGCAGAAGCACCGGGGCCUGUGGCCUCGGAGGCAGAAGGCCCUGCGCAUGAUCGUGGUGGUGGUGCUGGUGUUCUUCAUCUGCUGGCUGCCCGAGAACGUCUUCAUCAGCGUCCAGCUGCUGCAGGGCGCAACCGACCCAUCCAGGGGGAGCGUCGGCACCCUGUGGCACGACUACCCGCUGACCGGGCACAUCGUAAACCUGGCCGCCUUCUCCAACAGCUGCCUCAACCCCAUCAUCUACAGCUUUCUGGGGGAGACCUUCAGGGACAAGCUACGGCUAUUCGUUCAACAAAAGGCCAGCUGGUCCGUGCUCUACCGUCUCUGUCACCACACUCUGGAUUUACACAUUGCUGUCAGGACAGAGGUGUCCGAGGUGUAAGGCACCAAACUUACUGGACAAAUCAGAAUGCUGUGGGGUGGAGAGACUGAGCAUUGGCUCUGGAGAACGUAGAGUAUGUGCUAGAAAUCCACCGGCAGGCCCGCAGAGAACUGUAAACAGUCCGACGAUAAGAUAAGACUGAGACUGGUGCGAACUCUGUCAUUCCAACACUGGGCAAACACAGGUCCCAAGAGCAGAAAAAGCAGGGACAUAUUCUUCAGGGGGCAUAGCCCAGAAUAAGCAGAACAUUUUCUUCUAAAUAUUUAAUUAUUUAUAAAGUGAAACUUUACUUUUUUUUGCUUAUUCCAAUUAAAGACCCUGCGGUACAAAUAAAAUGGAUUCAUUUCAAACGGAUUAUCAUUUUGACUGAAAAAGGGGAAAAAUGUGAAAAUUUAUUUGUAAUACAGAACUGACUACUGAAUUACUCAAGAGCCACUAGAGACUUGCAGCUUAAUCUAAACCUCACAGAAAGCCAGUUCAUUGGCCAGUUACUUUCCCUGGCACCUACAAACAAAUGCAACUGGGGGCUAAACUUUGAAGGCAGAUUAUGAGGUUAGCAAGAUGGUUUAACCCAGGGUUUUCUAUACCCUGACUCACUGUUAGUCAGGGUAAAUCGCUAUGGUAAACUUAUGCUGCAUGGUUAACCUGUUCUGGGACAGGUUAUCUUCAGGCUGAAGGAUUGAAAAAUUAAAAAAAACAAAGCACUUUGACCAAUCAACUUUGGAAAAGGCAUCUCCAUCACUGGAGGAUCCGGUAGAGCUAGGUGCAGAUAGUGAGGAAAUCUCUUCGCAGGGCAAGUCUUUCUCCGAGAAUAUGCAAUACAAAAGAUAUAGAUUCUCAACUGGGUGAAUACAACAGCAAGCUUCUUGAGCCCUGUGUGUCCAUAACCACUUAUCCCUUAACUAUGGGACAGUGAUAGACCUUAAUUCUCCAGUUUAUACUUACACUUUGGCAUGAUUGUUUCUGGUAAUGCUAUAUCAAUUUAAGAAGCAGCUAGAAUGUUCAGUCACAUUUGAAAUAAACUGUAAAAAUCUUUUUUUUUU